AUCUUCACCUUUCAUACUACGGAUAGCACCGUUUACCUAUCAAGAUAUAGGGUUCACGGCGGGUGUGACCGAUCUUCAGGGGAUGCUUACUCCUCCUAAACACCUGAUUCCACCUUUGGUAUAUGCAGGGGUCCGUGUUCAUCCAACUCUUUAUUUUGCAUUCCUUAUAGGAGUUAUGCAAUUGAUCACUGAUCAUUUGUUAUAUCCAUCUUUUCAUCAAAGGGCUGAUAGAACGGCUGCGGCUAUUGUAAGGCGCGAGAAAGAAGAAGCAGAAAAAUAAGAAGAUCCGAGGAAAACAAUAAGUCUCCAAACUUCGUUCGGGAGACUUAAUCAUUAGUGUAACAGUUUUUAGUCAAUCAUUUAAUAUAUAUAGAAAACCGUAAUACGAGUACAUAGAUGAACGCUCGUGUACUAUAUAGAUGAACGAGUUCGUGUCUAUAAAAAUCGGUUUUUUUCCCCAUUAUUAUUAUUUUACUAUCCUAUUAUGGUAAGUAUAGAUCUAAUAAAACAAAUUAAUAAAUGUACAUUGUAUAGAUCUAUUUAUUGAAAUAUUCAAAUACAAUAACGAUCUACAUAUGUGACAGUCCAACGAUAAAUUCAUUAAGAAUAUGGUACAAACACAAUAUAUUAAUGAAAGGUGAAGAUAACGAACAGUGAUCAAUCUCAGAACUAUAAGCAAUACAAAAUAUACAGUUGGGCAAACACGGACCCUUGGACACAACAGAAGUGGAAUCAGGUGUCUAGGAGGAGUAACCAUCCCCUGUUGACCGUUCACACCUGUCGUUAGCCCUAUAUCUUGAUCAAGUAAACGGAGUUAUCCGUAGUCAAAAUCAGUAUGCCAACAACGGCCUAACAAUUGGUAUGAAACACGUCCAAUAGCAUUUGACCCAGUGAUAGGUUGUAUUGACGAACUAGAUCGUUAUAACGACCAUAGAAUAUGCGAAAUGCUGACUUCAAUCGAGGCUGUUGAAACCCCUGUAUUCAUCAACUUGUUUGUCAAUAGCUUGCCUCGAUUUAAAAACUGACCAUACGCAGAACAAGCUCUUGCGUAUCGAAUCAGUUGAUUGGUUGAAUAUUGUUUAACGUCCCUCUUGAGAAUAUUUCACUCAUGUGGAGACGUCACCACUGCCGGUGAAAGUCUGCAAAAUUUAGUCCUAUGCUCGGCGCUUAUGGCCUUUGAACAGGGAGGGAUCUUCAUCAUGCCACACCUGCUGUGUCACCGGACCUCGGUUUUUGCGGUCUCAUCCGAAGGACCGCCCCAUUUGUCGCCUUCUACAAGCAAGGGCUACUGAGGACCUAUUCUAACCCGGAACCCUACGGGAUUCGAAUCAGUUGAGAGAUAUAAAAACCAUAUGCAAGUGAUAAUGGAAUAUUGCUACAUAAAUAUGGGAAGUUGACGAUGGAGAAGCUGAAAUCACCCCGUUUGUCAUACAGUUGAGUUGUCAGUUUGCCGUUAUGUCUACUUUCAAUAAAAUAUCUAAGCAUGAAGCAGAAGUGGACGACUCUGUGGUGUCUUUUAUUACGAGCUCACAGGGAUAUAUCGAAUCGACAUAUGAAUGAAAGUUAUUGUUAUUAGACAAAACGUCGUCGAUAAAUCUAAAUGCAGAAUUGAAAGCCACAGCAAGAUAUUUUUUCUUCUCACGCAGACGUGUUUCUAAUAAAUUCUGCCUCAUAUCAAUAUAGAAACAGGUCAGCUAACAAAGGAGCACAAUAGUCCGUUUGCCAGUAUCCGACAUCGGUCUGAAUAUUUCGUAUAAUAGCGGGAAAAAAUUGUUUCCCUUGAAACACAAAAGAGUUCCACCGGACAAACUAUCGCUUCAAUACACAUGAUAAAUUUACCUGUUAUCGAUCGAUAUGGAUGCGUGUGACAACAUAAAUAGCUUUCGUUUACCUGAGCUACAAAAAUACCUGAAGUCAAGAGGUGUGACGGUGUCGGGAUACAACAAGGUCGCUUUGAAGGAGAUUGCUUUGGCAGUUGAAAGGUUAAAUUUGCCGGUAGAUCCUGAUUUCCAGCAAGAUUCUGUUUUAAAGGAUAUCAAGGAAAAGUUGGCGAAAGCGGGACUCCCUGAUAAGAAUCCGUUAGAACUGGAAGGAUACACGUCAGACUUUACCUAUAUGCCAGAGUUUGGACUUAUUGACGUUUUCAACUACAUGAUUUUUAACAAGUCCGACUACGACAAGAGGAAGCUGAAGGGAUUCAAGUCCUUUGAAGAUUAUAGACUUUUUUAUGAUGGGCAUGUUGAGAAGUUAAUGUUUAAUGCCGUAUCUGAAACAAGCGAGGUGUGCUUAUUCAAGGCUGAGGUGAAACCAACCCAAAGAGACAAAACCUACCUGAAUAAAAACUUCUAUGAUUUGUGGUUUGCCCUUAACAAGGAAGACGGAUCAGUUGUCACUGGCCACUGUGAAUGCGUUGGAGGGGCUGACGGAGCUUGCAGACAUCUAGCUGCAGCCCUUUAUGAGCUGGAGGCUUUUGAGAUAAAGUCCUGCACUGACGGAGAAAACCAGUGGGCUAAAAGACCUCGCCAUCAUGACAUACCUGUUCCUGUACGCAACCUGAGUAUUGUCAAAGCUAAAUACCAUCGUUUAAAUGUUGAAAAUGCCACAAAACCACACAGUGACCUAUUUGACCCAAGGAACAAACAACACCGCACUCCCAUAACAGAUGAUGAGAAGAGGGAAUUUGGUCUGAAAAUUCAAGAGAUUUCCAAAAAUGCACAAUGUCUUGACAUUUUGCUUGAUCCAGAAGACCGGUGUGGACAAACAAAGGAUAACGGCAUGGAUAUCCAUGUAGAGAAAAUUUCUAUUGUGAAUAAAGCCAAAGCAUUCGUUGAGGAAAAUGAUAUUUCAAUUACAAAUUUUGAUGAGAAGGUAACAGAAUUCUGUGGCUCACUUAACAUAUCAGAAAAUGAUGUUUCUUGUGUCUUGGAGAAAACAGAAGGACAGUCUAGUAAUAAUGUGUGGCACCUUCUCAGGAAAGGUCUAUUAACAGCUUCUAAUUUUGGUGAAGCGUGCAAAUAUGUAGAAAAGAAUCGACCGCCAUCUGUCACUUUCAUGAAAAAAAUAAUGGGAGAAAGCCGCAUAGACGAUGCUAUGUUACCACCUGCGUUGAGAUGGGGUCGAAAAAAAGAGCCCAUUGCUAGGAUUUUUUACAGCAGAAUUAUUAAAAAAAUUCAUAACUGUAGGUCAUUAAAAGUAACAGAGGUUGGACUUUUACUCAGUGAAAAGUAUCCGGUUUUAGGAUGUAGUUCGGAUGGUGUAGCUGUUUGUAAAUGUAAAUCCCAGCAUAUAAACAGAUUAGUGGAAAUAAAAUGUCCUUAUUCGCUUCGAGACAGCAAUGCAAAAGAGGUUGCGAUUCUAAAAAACUGUACCUUUAAUAAACUAACCAAUGAAUGGAAAGUAAGUAAAGCCUGUCCUUAUUAUGCACAAAUCCAGGGACAACUCGGUCUAUAUAAUUACACUGAAUGUGACUUAAUUAUUUACACAAACAAAGGUAUUCACAUUUCUACAGCAAGAUUUGAUGAGGAAUAUUUCUGCGAUAUGGUGAAUAAACUUAAUAGAUUUCAUAGUGCUUAUGUGGUUCCACAUAUUUUCCGUGAUUUUUUGAAGAGUACAAAUAAUGAGUGUAAUCCAGUUGCUGGCUAAUUGUCCAUUAUUAUGUCAAAAUGAUUUGUUAAUGUUUGAAUAUCUGAACUGAAUUAAUAUUUAUUCAUAAAAGUUUGCAAUUAUUGUUUAAUCUUUAGGAGCUUAUAAAACAACAUUUAUUUCAUAUUACAUUGACUCUUAAUGAUGUAAACUCAUUAAAUGGAUAUUGCAUUUACAAUGUAUCUGUAUCUUUAACCAUACAAAUAUAUGAUGAUGUCACAAUAAAAAGAUGAAACUUUA